CUUCCUGGGCUCUAAAAAAAGGUUUAAAAAAAAAUCACCUAAGCUGGUACGGUCCCGUUUUGGAGGUUUAGUGGCUGAACCUAAGGUGCCGCUGCUGCCCGCGCCGACACCAUGAAGGCUCAGCCCGCGGUAGCGUCCAUCUUCUGCCUGUGUCUGGUGCUGGUGACCUCCGCAGCCUUCGCCGCGGAAGGGCUCGGAAAGGGUUUUGGAGACCAUAUUCAUUGGAGAACACUGGAAGAUGGGAAGAAAGAGGCAGCAGCCAGUGGUUUGCCUCUUAUGGUUAUCAUCCACAAGUCUUGGUGUGGAGCUUGCAAAGCUUUAAAGCCAAAGUUUGCUGAAUCCAAGGAGAUCUCUGAACUUGCCCACAACUUUGUUAUGGUCAACCUUGAGGAUGAUGAAGAGCCAAAGGAUGAAGCCUUUAGUCCUGAUGGAGGUUACAUUCCCAGAAUCCUCUUCAUGGACCCCAGUGGAAAAGUCCACCCAGAAAUCAUAAAUGAGAAAGGAAACCCCAGCUACAAGUACUUUUAUACCAAUGCUGAUCAAGUUGUCCAAGGGAUGAAGGAGGCUCAGGAGAAGCUAACAGGUGAUGCUUUCAAACAAAAACACUUGGGAGAUGAACUAUAAUGCAUACACGGAAUGAUACUUUUCUGUCACUUCAAAACCCUCGAAGGAAAUGAUUAAAUAGACCAAGAAUGUAGGUGCAUUGGAGGGACAUCAUUCUCCUGUCCACAGUGUUAGGUUAACCCCUGUUUGGAGUUCACACAAAUCAUUGAUUGCAGUGUUAUCUCCUCUGCCUGGCAGUUUGUACCAUUAAUGGUUAUUUGCAACUAGGUCAUGUGCAAACACAUCACUUCUCGUGUUUGAGCAGCCACUAAUACUUGGAGUUAAAAGGGAGGUGUGGAAGACAGAAUGUUCUUUUGAGGGCAUUGUGAUUGGAAUAACUACAAAGCAGACAAUGUUUCAACACUAAAUCAGGGUCGGAUCCCUCCUUUUUCACUGGUGGUAUGUGAUCCCACUGUUUUUACUGGGAAUUCCUAUGAAUGGGGGCAUGUUCCUGGGCCAGGUGUUUUCUAGACAUCCCAAACCAUGAAUUCUGCCACUAAGCCAAGUAGACUAAAUGUCAUGAAUGUCCAAGCAGCAUGUGAAAUUAUUAGCUCUGCAUACAUUUUUUUUGUGUGUGUAAACCUGUGUGGUUCAUCUUUCUUUGCCUCUGGGCAGAAGUGUAACUUUCUCCUUGUGCACUCACCUUUUGAUUGUUGUACAAGUGAGGGUGGGUUAUGGUGAAGCUUUACGGGGUUUCUCUCGAUUCUCUGAAUGUUUCUUGGCGACUGCCUUGCCAUCACAUUGUACUGUAUUUUUGUACCAGGGUGAAAAAUUAAACCUUUUUAAACAUAA